CGUUUUUGUGAAUAAAUUCAUGGACAGCACUGUGACCAUAACAAAGAAGUAUAUUUUCGAAAUGGUUUAGUCACUCGUUGAUCGAUCGAUCGAUUCCCCUCUUCGAGUCUUUGUUUGAAGAGGAUGGUGGUUCACGUGAUGUCUUGGCAUAGGUCAGCGUCCAAGGCUUCGUGAACUGUGCCGCAUCAGCACGCCCUUGAUCUAAAGAGACGUUUAUAACCCUCUGAUCUAGCCGUGAUCUGAUGGAUAUCUGUCUGUCUCUUCAACCAUGGAGCCUCGCAUAGCGACUCUGUUGCUGGGCGAUAGCAGCCCGUCCGGUUCAAUCUCUACAUUACCGCCACUCCCAAACAGCCAACUUAGGCCCCUCCUCCCUGCCCCCGCGACGCAUCGAAAUGACAUUCCAGGCGUCGAAAACCUCGCCGGUCCGAGGUUACGUCCAAUAUCAGUCCGCCCAAAAUCGAGCGUACCCAUCGCGGAAGUAUUGAAUCAAGAAGCCCCAGCCGCUCCGCAGCAGUUCGCCACCACCGUCUCGCACAACCCCGCACAACCACAACUGUUCAGCGGGAGGCUGCAGGACAUACUCUUAGAUCCCUCCCAAGAGCGUGCAAGUAAGAGGAGGAAAGUCGAUGGGCAGACAACACCACCUGCGCUCCCCGGGAGCGAGAAUAACCUUUUGACCUUACCCAAACUUCCACAACUACCAAAGAAGACUUCUCGCAGACCUAGGAUACCUCCCCUAUUACAGGGACUACACCAACCUCCCCCCCUUCCUCCUGAGGGAAGGCUGUUCCCACCUAUCACAGGAGAAAGGGGUGGGUUUAGCAAGGAACUUGGCGACCGGGUGGGGCUGAGAAGUCCAGCUGCACCAGCAAGGAACAAGGAGAAAGAGGACCAUAUCCCUGGAGAAAUCGCAGUAGUCUUGCGGAACAGCGUUUCUCAAAGAGGAGAAGGCAAGGGAAAGGACAGACUAGUAGAUGCGACAUUCUACGAGGCUGCCAAUGAGCCUAACAAAGAAAUACAGCGACCUGGGGAUACUGGAGAGAAUUCUUCGGGAAAGGGAAAGACUACGAAAAGGCGUAACAAAUGGACGAAUCAAGAGACACAAGAUCUCUUAAGAGGUGUAAGCAUGUUUGGCAUUGGCAACUGGAAGAAGAUCGUGAAUCACCCCGGCUUCGACUUUCAUCAACGCACGGCUGUGGAUCUGAAGGAUCGCUUUCGAACUUGCUGCCCAGAUGAAACUGGCAAAUCCCGCCAAAUCAAUUCGCAGACCACGCACUCGAGGGACUCGAACAAUGACCUCACGCUCGCUACCGGUUUGCAAGGAGAUGAAGCUACUCCAGCUACAACGUCUGUGGCGCCAGACGAAGCAUCAUCCAAACCAAAGAAGCCACGAAAAUCUAGGUCAGACAAACAGGAGAAAUCAACUGAACAGUUGGCCGAGAUGGGCAUUCAGGAACCCUUCGCUCGAUCCAAACGUCGCCAGCGUGUUGAAUUUACCGAGAAGGAUGACGAAAACCUCUGGAAGGGAUACAAGCAGUACGGCCCAGUGUGGCACUUGAUCAAGGAAGACGCAAACUUUGGUUUCCGUCAUCGUCAUCCGACAGACCUCCGUGAUCGAUUUCGUAUCAGAUAUGCAGAGGAAUAUGCUAAAGCAGGCUAUAAAUUAAAGACGAAGAACACCCCGGGACCCAGAGCAAAUGAAGAGAGCAAUCAAGAAAACUUCGAAGUUGCGCCUGUGACAGCGAACAAAAAUACAUUACAGGAGGCCACCCCGAUACACAUAAACUCUUCUUCUACAUCCAAUUUGAAAGUCCACACACUUUCGCAGCCGCUCCGCAACUCAUUCCCCACCCCGUAUGAGGAUUUCUCCGACAUUAUAUCUGAAGAUGACGGCGAGAACAGAAAGAGCCCCAUAACGUUGAGUCGCCACAUUUUCCAAUGGGCAGACGCGAACCCCUCCCAAGCACCAUCGAUGGCAAGCGCCUCUACCAUGCCGACGAUUGCGAACCUCACUGGGGACUUCGGGAUGCACUUUCUCACAGGUGCGGAUGGCAUGCACAUCGACCCCCAGGAGCUCCGACUGCCAGUGGCAUCAAUGCAACAGGGCGUGUUUUCGGUAUUGCCUGCAUAUACGCCGAAUCAACAGCAUUUCGGAUCCACGAUUCCGAUGAAUGCAGGACCAACCACGGUGCCUGCGCCGGCACCUGGUCCCAGCUCAGGCUCUAUGAUGGCGUCGGCAUCUAACAAACAAUCCGUUAGCUCGCUUCUUCGCACGCCCAAUUUGCCUACGAUCGUAUAUCCACAUGUCCCGAUGUCAAGCGCCCGCAAUACAAUGCACAAACUGCCUCGUCCCGCCGAUCUAUUAUCGGGGGUUGAUCACGACAGUCGUCAGGAAGUGCAGACUACUGGGCUUGCCCUCGACGACGGAUUAGCCAUGGGGUUUUCGCUUCACUCACAUAACGCAACCUUAGCACCACUAGUCGGGGGUGCCAAUAUGAACGGUGUAGGAAGAAACUUGGUCAUGUUGGACAGAGAAAGGGGUGGCCUGGGAGAAGACGCAUUUGGCGAGAGAAGCCUGCUCAAUAGCAGUAUUUAAACUAGUAACAUUCGCUUUGUUUUUUUGUUUUUUUUUUUGGAUGGCGGCAGUUCAGAAGUAUGUUGUUAUAUUGAUUACUUGACGGCAGUGUAUUAAUUUGAAGUUUGAGAUACCCUAUAGCAAUUAGCUACUAUAUUCUAUU